AUGUACUACUCUUCUAAACAAUAUAAACACUUCCUCCCGGUCUUCCUCCUGGCACUUUUCGCCACGCUUUUGAGGCAAAUCGAAGCGUACAGAUAUUACGAGAUCAUCAAAACCCGUCCGGGUCUGUCCAAACUCGCCUCCGUGGUCGAGAAACUCCCUCGCAUUUCCGCCGCUUUGAACGGCGGCGAUGAAAGUCGGGGAAAAACCGUGGACACUUUAUUCGCGCCGACGGACAAAGCCAUCGAAAACUUCCUCUCGUGGACGCGAGCGCAGAACAAAACGGAAGAGUUUGCGAAGAUUUUAGGCAACCAAACCGUCGCCGGGGCGAUUGUUGCGUACCACGUGCUACCAGAACUCGUGUAUAAAUUUGGAACUUUAAAAGCAUUUGAUCGAAAAUUCAUCAACACCGCUUUAUCGAACGCCGUCUCGGAUACCUCCGGCGCGUUUGCGCUUCAAAUCGACGAAGAAGGCGGGUCCAUUUUCAUCAAAGGUACCGGGUCGGAAGUGAAAGUAAUCGGAGCGGAUAAUUACGCGUGUAAUGGAAUCAUUCACUUAGUCGACGGCGUGUUGUUACCGUUCGAUGCGGAUGGAGAGUUGAGCGAGAAGCAAAAAGAACGCUUGGAAGACGCCAAGGAAAUGUUAUCGGAAGCGAUCGAAGAAGAAGAAGAAGAAAUGGAAGGCGCCUCGCCGGCACCGGCGCCGGAUGCGGCGUUAUCCAUCGGUCUCUUAACUGAUCUUGGCGGCUUAGUAGGAGACGCUCCAGCGCCAGCACCAUCACCAUCGACUAUUGCUACUACCGAAGAAGUCGUCGAUGAUAUCCAAAUCGUCGAUGAACCUCCGCUCUUUUCGGAGACGACAGAAACCGAGGCGUCGGAGGAAGAGGCCGAACUCGUCGUCGAAGACGAAGAUUUGCUCCAAGCCGAGUUGGACGAAGGCGAUUUUAACAUCACCACCGGAGCGAAGAACGAAACAACUACGCGCGAUUAA